CGUCGCUUUGUGAUUCGCUGAAUAAAACCGAAGACGACUCUGUCAACACGAGUCGAGAGCAGCAGUUUUCUGUCUUGUGUCUUUUUUUCCCUCCUCUGUUCCUUAUCUUUCCCCCCUUUCAGGAGAACAUCAUGCAGCGAUAGCAGAGAAAACUAUCUCUCCCCUGCGCGUCAGAACCCGCCCGACGCCCAGCUCUCCUCCUCCGGGUCUCUUCCUGCCCGCUUCUCCCUCGCCGGCUUCUUAAGUGUCGGGGAUUCACCGGGAAGGUCCUACAGAGAUGUCCAGCAAUGGUGGCUCUAUCGUCGGCCUCUUGUCUUACGAGACGCUGGUUCAUGCGGUGGCAGGCGCAAUGGGGAGUGUGACAGCCAUGACAGUCUUCUUCCCUCUGGACACGGCUAAAAGCAGGUUGCAGGUGGACGACAAACGGAAGUCUCAGACCACUCCUGUCAUUUUGGCUGAAAUUGCAAAAGAAGAGGGCUUUUUGGCUCUGUACAGAGGCUGGUUCCCAGUCAUCUCCAGCCUUUGCUGCUCCAACUUUGUCUACUUCUACACCUUCAAUGCGCUGAAGAAGCUGGCUGCGUCCGGACCGGGAAAGCCCAGGCCUGGUAAAGACCUGCUGAUGGGGACGGUAGCAGGCGUGGUGAAUGUGAUCCUCACCACUCCCAUGUGGGUGGUCAACACCCGACUCAAGCUGCAGGGCGUGAGGUUCAGAAACGAAGACCUCCACCAAACCCAGUACAGAGGCAUAUUUGAUGCGUUCUCGCAGAUCAUCGCCGACGAGGGCGUGCGGACCCUGUGGAACGGCGUUCUGCCCUCCCUCGUCCUCGUCCUCAACCCGGCCGUGCAGUUCAUGAUUUACGAAGCCAUGAAGAGGAAGGCGGGCAAAGGAGGCACGAAGAUUUCCUCAGCAAAGAUCUUUCUCAUUGGAGCAAUUGCCAAGGCCAUCGCCACCACAGCCACAUACCCCCUCCAAACCAUCCAGGCCAUCCUGAGGUUUGGUCAGUAUAAAGGCGACGGCAAAGGAGGCCUGAUGGGGGGCGUCUCCAACAUUUUUUGCCUCUUCAUGGACCGGAUCAAGAAGCACGGCUUUCUUGGUUUGUACAAAGGCUUGGAGGCCAAGCUGCUGCAGACGGUGCUGACGGCCGCCCUCAUGUUUGUCGUGUACGAGAAGAUCACCGCCGCCACCUUCAGAGUCAUGGGCCUGAACAAAAAGCUGAAGCACUGAGAGCUCCCCGCUCAUGCAGAUUUGAUCAGCGCCGGCUACUAACUCAGAUUAACACUCGGAAGCGUUUUAUCGUCUCACGCUAUUAGAGUUGGGCUUGAUGCCUGUAAGGCCACUGAUUUCUGGAUUUGCAUAAAAUAUUUAUCCAGACCACUGAUGGGUUUAAAACUCACGACAGCCUCUGGACUUUAACGUUAUGACAUCUUCCAUCUAUGCAGACAGAUUAGUUUUUAUUUUACUUCCACAUUAGAGCCUUCUUAAACAUCUGCUGUAUUGCUUUGUUUUUUUUUUUUUAGCACAGUGGGGUAUUAAAUUAAUUAAAAGAUGAGCGAGAUUUGUACUUAAUGAAAGUUUACAAACCUGCCUCGAUGGGGCAAAAAAAAAAGCUUACAGAGGCUCAAACUUUUACUGGUCAGCACAAAUUCUGUUGAUCUGAAAAGAUACUGUACUGAGAUGUGCUGUAGUUUAAGAGCCUAGUAAUUAUUUGUAGUCUUAGUUUUAGGCACUGGUUCUUCGCUUAUGUUGGACUUUAAACUGUGAAACUAUCCAGUUUACAUUUCCUACUGUAGAUUGUGAAUGUUCCUGUCAUAAAUAAGCAAAAUUAAGAAAGUCAUCAUUCCAAUGAUCAUUCCCAGAUCAGCGAUUAUGACAGAAAUCACUUCCUUUUUAACAAUAACAGUGCGGGCAUUUCCGUGUGAUAUUAUCAGAGCUAAUUGUUUUACUGUUAAUGAUACUUAAGUGCCUCAGGACUAAAAUCACGUCAGGCGGAGGCUUGUAAUUUUCCACAUGCUCUCUUGAGCGUCACGUCUUCCAAUAUUUAAGGUUUCUAGAUGCUGCAGUCGAUUGUAUAUCGCAAAACGUUGUCUUUCUUUUUUAUUUGGUAACUGAAAGCUUAAGCUGCCUCUGAAUGUAACACCUCCUGAGCUGAUCUGUGCGUUGUGCUGCUUCUUGACUUCUCUGCACUGAAGUGAAGCGGUUGCAAGAUUACGCCACAAGUGUCAGUUAUUGUCUUAUUUAUUUAAUUAAAAAUAAUAUAACACUUGGGUUUACAUGA